AUGAGAAUUCUCUCUAUCAAGUGUGACCAGAAAGAACCCUCCUGUGGGCAAUGUGAGAAGCGAAAUCAGGCCUGCCCGGGCUACCGCAACCUCGUCGACCUCAUGUUCCGAGAUGAGAGCUCUCAUGUUAUCAACAAGGCCGCCAAGACACGUUCUCGACCCGUUGCUGGGAAAAAGACACAGCCCACCGCCCAAAGUCAAACGUCGACAUCUCCGAUACCCCUGUCCUCCACAGGGCCCAUGUCCUCCUCCACCAAAUCCUUGUCCAAGUCAUCCCCAGUUUUCGUGUCCGAAUCAGGUUCCCUGUCCGGCCCUGUGUCCGCUUCUAAAGCUCCGGCAAAGCGAUCCCGGAAAUCUACCGCUAGGUGUCGGGCUCCGGUCCUCUCAGCCCUGACAAACAAUCCUAGUCCAUCAGCCUCCGAGUCUUCAACUGAGAGUCUAGAUGAUGGCAAUGGCCUUUCUUCGGAUCAAGCCCUCUUGGGUGACGCUUUGUCCUGUGAGCUUCAGGAACAGGGAACUGCCUUCUUCUUUUCUCGCUACGUGACGGCGGAUUAUGGAUGGUCUCAGAAUUAUGCCUUCAUGUACGACGUAUGGAAGCCCCCAGACUCGAACCAAGCUCAAGUCGAUCCAGUGACUGUCAGCAUGACAGCUGUUGGUCUCGUAGGGCUAUCUCAAGUCACUGGUUGUUCCGAGACAAGGACCCGAGCUCAGCAGAGCUAUGCCAUUGCCCUCAAGCUAACUCACGACGCCCUUCGCGACCCGGUUGAGGCGGUAAAAGACACUACUAUGCUGGCUGUCUUGAUCCUCGGCACCUAUGAGUUCAUCUCUGGAUAUAGCCCGCACACGAUGCGAGCAUGGCAGGAUCAUGUAAGUGGUGCUGCAGCCCUGGCACGCAUGAGAGGCCCUGGGCAGUUUCAAACCAAAGCAGGUGUUCGUAUGUUCCUCAUGCUCUGCCAUACUGUCCUCAUCAGUUGCAUUCAGAGUGGUCUUCCAAUGCCGCAGACUUUGAUAGACCUCCGGCGAGAGAUCCCCCCUGCAUAUCAGUCCGGGGGUCCGGCGUGGCUGGUCGCAGAACCCAUCUACAGGGCACUGCAGGUUCGGUACGGCAUCAAGACGGGCAAGCUCGCAACUCUAGACGAGAUUGUGGACGCAGUAUCUAGCGCCGAUGAGGGGCUCGCUUCCAUUUUCUCUGAUCUACCAGAACCGUGGAAGUACCAUCAUGUCCAGCUGACGCAACCGGAUGCCCGAGUCCUCGGAGAGACAUGCCAUGUCUAUCAGGGACUUAUUGAAUCUACCACAUGGAACGUUGCCCGGGGUAUACGGAUACUUCUGGCCGAAACCAUGAUCGAGCAGCUCUGCUUAGCCAUCGGAGAAGAUGAUUUACACGCUCUCUCAGAUUGCCAUCGCAGAUCGCUUGCCAAAUCGAUCACACUGCUGGACAUGCUUGGAAAGGCGAUUGUAGCCAGCGUUCCUCAACAUCUCGGCGUUGUUAGCAUUCGGGAUGUGCAGAAUCUUGGGGGAGAAGGGUAUGCGGUGGCAGUUCCUGCGAAAAAGCAGAUUUGCCGUGGUCUACUUGCCCCCCUUACCCAUGAAGCGCGAGCCAGGUCCAGAUCAGAGCCGACGACCGGCACUACUGGGUGUCUACCACUUUUCGAUCCGACGCGGUCCAAAACUCAGAGCGAUAAUGCAGAGCGUUUCAUGAGCCUCGCAGGGGCCAACCACACUAUUGUCUGGCCCCUGUACGUCGUUGGCAUGUCGUCGGCCUGUACCCCUGAGACGAGACAGUACACCAUCGAUAGGCUGCAAGUCAUCCACAAGGAGACCGGCCUUGAACAGGCACGAGUCGUCGCAGGACUGUUACAGGAGAAGAUUGCGCCACCUACGCUCAGCACGGCGCUGUUGGAUGAGCUUCCAGUUGUCGAAAUCGGAGCUCUACCUGCCAUGGUUUGA